UCAUCCAAUCAGCACCCACUUUAGCAAGAGAAACCGAAAACGACGUCUCGCUUGUCUAAAGCCCCUGUUGCUAUGGAGACCGCAGUUGCCGGAUAUGCGUCACGUCCCGGAAGUACUAGGCAGCUGGCGCGAAAGUUUGGAAAGGAAAGAGAAGUUACCAUUACCAUGAGGACAGUAAGUGAAGUUGCCGAUGAGAGGAAUUCUGCGGAGGAAGCAUGCGGGGAAGAAAGUGUCAUUGUCAUUAGUGAUGAUGAAGGAGAGGUCACUCUGGGAUUGGGGAACUCGGUGUUAUUAAUAGAAGAUGCUGGAGAGGAGUCUUUUGUUCAAGAUAAGAGAACGGAGGAAGUGCUGGAUGAGGAACUUGCCAUUACAUUUAGUAAACGGGGCAAUGUGAUGCCUCAUGCCAGAUACGACUGCACGACGUACUCUUUUUCACGUGCUGAGCAAGAGACCCAGGUGCCUUUGGAAGAUAAUGAAAAAGCAUGUGCAGAGUGUUACUGCUAUCUCUGUGAUAAGCUGGCCUCAGAGUGCCCCAGCUGGACGAGUGUUUCUUCCUGCCACUGCAAUGCUCACAACAAGAGCAAAUACUGGAAGGAGCAGCGAAACUCCGCUUUGGCCGGGGUGCUAACUAUAUUCAACUUGGAUCUCACAGAGAUUGACUCAGAGCUUCGGGAAGCAGGGAGUUUGCUGCAGAAUUUCCUCAAUGAAAUAAUCAUUAUAUACAAGAAGUACUUGGAUGGGGAGAUGAUGAAUCGAGAGAUCCUAUAUUCCUGCUUGUGCGCCUGCCACCGUAGGAAAGCAACCCAACUAUGUAACAGCUGCGCAGCGCAUCACAAAGAAGUACUCGUUCAUAAUUAUGCUCCAGUGUAUGAAGCAGUAACAGAAUAUUUAAAUAAAGCAGAGCUGCAAAGGCCAAAAAUGUCUACGGUGAUGCAUCUGGGUGCAGUCAAAGAGCUGGUCAGUCAUAAAGCAACCCCAAGCCCACUUGGACUAAAGACUCCACAUGCAUGCUUAAAAGAGUCAUCAGUGCAACUAAUGGAUAGGAUUAUAAGGACUCUCCAGAGGCUUCUUGUAGAUGCGGAUUUCCCCAAGGAUCUUCACGAUAAAUUUUUGAUGUUUUUCCAGUCUCUAGCGCUUCCCCCACACCUGUAUGCAUAUGUCAAUAGUUUGAAUGUCCUGCGCUGGGAUAACUUAUUCUUGACCUCAGUGUUCGCCGGGCAGAAUACAACAGGUCAGCGCGCUAACAAAGGGAAGAAAGAAUUCCUCUGGGAGCCAUUACCUGUGGUGCAGGCCAGAGUAAAGAGACUGGAGAAUGACAAGAAUUACAGACAGCUGGUGCGCUACCUAAAUGUUGUGAGAUGCCCCGACACAGGAGCAUUGACACGCUUACGGCAAAAAACUGCCUUUUAUAUGUGCAAAUACGGAGAUUUUGCAAGUGCCGUUUUUGCGCUCAUCCAGCUGAAGAACCUGCCCCGCAACAUGGCCCUGUCUCUCACUCCAGAACAAUAUGAGUUGUACCUCACCAUGUUCAGGACCGGCAGCUCCCCUCCGGGGAAUGAACCCGUGGCUAAGGAAAUAUGGAUUCCGUUUGCAGGGCCGCCUCUGAGGAAGGGAAUCUUAGUUCGCUGUGCGAUAAGAAUUCUUUUCAUGAACCGUUGCCUUGCUCAGCAGGUGAAAUGCUGGAUUGCCCUAAUCCGAACCUGGUGCACUUGCGACAUGCUGACCCCAGAAGGGACACUCAGUCCCCUGCACUUAGAAGAGCCAGACCCACAUUUCCAAGAAAUGUUGACGGACAUGUCUUGUGCCAUCCUGGAUGAGCUGCGCAGGCAAACGCACGCAAACCUCCCCGAUCCAUUUCCAAAGUCUCCUCUUAGUUGCGAGCUGAUCCUCGUGGUCCAGGCUGUCACUCAGUUCAUGAUGAAUUCAGUAGCCCCUUUACGAGCCAUGCUACAAUUUGUGUUAGCCUUUGGGACUAAUAUUUGGGCGCUGGUGCUGUUGAUGGAUGGGAUCUCCCAUAUGCAAUCGCUGUUGUUCGACUUCGUAACCAACCUGAACAAAGAGCUGUGCGAAGAGGAGCAGCUUCUCCUGGCAGAACUGAGAAGGAACGGCGUCCCCUAUGCAUCACACUUGGUUUCAGCUUUUUUACUGCACUCGUUCGAUACGGUUCGCUCCGUUGGCUUUCACAUCCUCGACAUCAUCAUACGGAAUUUAAACAUGUUCCCAUGGAGCCCUGGCCUUGCUGGUUACUUGAAAGUCCGGGUGCUGGACAGCCAGAGUCUAAAUGUUCUCGCCGACAUCCAGACGUUGCAGAGCAAGAUUGCAAGACUAAGAAACCACUGUUAAUGGGCAGUUCUCCAGCCCCAAAAAAAAAAGAAGAGACUGCAUUAAAUACAUAAGCACUUUGUGCUGAGAGAAUCUUCUUGCCUGUUCUCAUCCUCAAGUGCCUCUUGGACUUUAAGUGAUAGAAAAGCUUUUUUUAUAAGGUUGAUUUUAUAUUCCAGAUAUCUGUGGAGUGUGGUAUCCAGCUGCAGUUCUGUCCUUCAACUUGUGAUCCUCCAAAUAAUAUCUCUUAUUUGCACACUUGCAGUUUUAUUUUCCCCUGGCAACAGUGAAUGUAUUUAUUAUUAUUAUUACGAUGAUGCACUGCGCAUAUAUAGUAGCACUACAUUACUGCCCCUUUAACUGUAGCCUGAGCUGAACUGCAGUCUUCACUUGUAUUCAUAGCAACCAAUCGGCAAUUAGUUGGGCAGCUGCUGAUUAAUACUCCAGAGUAUUAUUGACCCCAGUUUGGUGAAUCCCCACCAUGGAGUUUAUAGAUCUGUAAUAUUCCAGCUGUAGGGUCCCCUGCUGUCACUGAGCAUGCUGGGAGUUAGUAUUGUAACAGCUGGGCAGCCAGAGGUCAAAGUUGUUGAAGGUCCAUCUGUAAGUCUAUUGGCUCAUCCCUACUCCCAACACUAUCCCAUGGCUGCGUAUUGUCUGUUCCAUUAGACUUAAAGGGACCCAAAUCCUUCUGUCACUUCUGAAUGGCUGGCUGGCACUGGCCAAUGGCGGACCCAACACUGUUUUAGACUCAGUAGUAUGUGCAGUAUAGGAAUCCAAAUAAAAAUGUUCUUUGUAUGUUUUGUUUCACUGCGACACCCGUGUGUUUCUUCCUUAUUUAAACAAAGACAUGGUUAUUAUCAAUAGUGAUUCUGAUUGGUUGUUUUCAUUUGUUUGUCCGCGAGCAGUGUUUGUUUUUCAUGAAUCUUUAUUAAAGUGCCUAUUUUAUAUCCG